UUCGGUCGUCGCUGAAUAUUUCAUUCCCUUUUACCAGUUUGCCCAAAAGCUCCUUCAACGGCUGCUCCAGGUCCUUCCUCUGCUUCAUCUUCUCCGAUGAAGUAUCAUGUUUUCUUGAGUUUCAGAGGCACCGACACUCGCACCAACUUCACUGAUCACUUGUACGCUGCUUUGUGUCGACAAGGGAUUGAAACUUUCAAGGAUGAUAAAGAUCUUCACAAAGGAGAAGUUAUUUCCGAGGAACUUCUCCAAGCUAUUGAGCAAUCCAUGUUUGCGAUUGUUGUGCUCUCCAAGAAUUAUGCUUCUUCCCGUUGGUGUUUGGAUGAACUGCAGAAGAUCCUAGAAUCCAAAAAGGACUCCAGUGAAACAAUUUUCCCAGUUUUUUAUCACGUAACUCCAACUGAUGUUCGGCAUCAAAAAAGAAAAUUUGCUACAGCUUUUGAUACCCAUGAAGUUAGAUUUCCAUAUGAAGUUCCAAGAUGGAGAGAAGCUUUAACGCAGAUUGCUAAUUUCUCUGGUUGGCAUAUAAAAAAGGAUAAACCUGAGGCGAAAAUUGUUGAAGACAUUGUGAAAUAUGUGUGGUACAAAUUAUGUUUGAAGUUGCCAUCAAAUUUUGAACAUUUAGUUGGAGACAUUCAAUCAAAGGUGGAUAGAAUCAUCUCCCUUUUAAAGAUAGGAUUGGAUGAUAAAUGCUUCAUUGGGAUAUGGGGAAUGGGCGGUAUAGGCAAAACCACUCUUAGUCGAGUUGUUUAUGAUGCACUUCGAAGCAAGUUUGAGGCUAGCUAUUUUUUUGCUAAUGUAAGGGAGGAUUGUGAAAAGCAUGGCUUUGUUUACUUACAAAAGAAGCUUCUUUCAGGCCUUGGACGAAUAGAACCAGAAAUAAAAAAUGCCCAUGAUGGAGCAAAGGAAAUAAGAUUUUUUUUAUGCCAUAAAAAGGUUCUCAUUGUUCUCGAUGAUAUCAGCCAUGGAAACCAACUGGACAAAUUGGCUGAAAGUGAAGAGUGGUUUGGUGAAGGGAGCAAAAUCAUAAUAACUACUAGAGAUAAACAAUUGUUGACACAAUACAAACAGUUUGAAGAGUAUGGUGUUGGAGAGUUGAAUGAAGAUGAUUCCCUUAAGGUUUUAUGCCGGAAAGCAUUUAAAAGGGAUGAGCCUGAUGAAGGUUAUUUGGAUUUGUCGAAAGAAGUAGUUAAAUAUGCUUGUGGACUCCCUUUGGCUCUUGAAGUCUUGGGGCGAUUUCUUUGCAAAAGAGAUCAAGUUCAAUGGAGAGAUGCAUUAGACAAGUUGAAGCAAACUUUACCUAAUGAUAUCUUUAGUAAACUCUGCAUCAGUUAUGAAGGAUUGGAAGAUGAAGAGUACAGAGAUAUAUUUUUAGAUAUUGCAUGUUUCUUCGUCCGAAGAACGAAGGCUGAAGUGAAAGAUAUAUUAAAAGCAUGCGGUCUUCAUUCAGUAAUUGGAAUUGAUGUUCUGAUCGAAAAAUCAUUGUUAAGUAUCGUCCAAUUAGAUAGUAUAGAGAGGUCACAUUUUGAUUACGAUGUACGUCAAUAUAUGGAUGAUGGGCUUCGAAAGAUGAGAAGGGAACUUUUAAUCAGCCAUUACCGCCAGCUUGAAUAUUAUCCACAAGAUCAUCUUGCAAUGCACGAUUUGCUUCAAGAGAUGGGAAGGAAUAUUGUUUUGAAGGAAUCAAAAAGUGAUCCCUGUAAACGUAGCAGAUUGUGGUGUCUAGAGGAGGUUGAUUACAUGUUGAAAAGAAAUAAGGGAACGAAAAAAGUUCAAAGCAUAUGUUUGAAUAUAGGAGAUUUUAAAGCGGAGUGGCACCCAGAUUGCUUUUCGAAGAUGGAAAAUCUUAGACUUUUGGACUUGAGUGGUGUUCGUCUUUCACAGAAUCUCAAUGUUCUUCCCAGUUCAUUAAAUUUUCUCAGAUGGAAUUAUUAUGCUCUGAAAUCUCUACCGUCGAUCGAUCAGCUGUAUGAACUCGGGAUCCUUGAGUUGCGUUUCAGCACAAUAGAAAGAUUAUGGAUUGGAGCACCGCGUUUAGAUAAGUUGAGGAUCAUCACUUUGGCUGGUUCUGAAGAUCUAAUAGAAACUCCAGAUUUCAGUGCAACCCCAAACCUUGAGAAGUUGUUCCUUGAUUAUUGCUUUAAGUUAUGUCAUGUUCAUGAAUCUAUUGGACAACUGAAGAAACUAGUUGAGUUGAGUUUGGCAUAUUGUAUAAAUCUUGCUACGCUUCCAAGUUGCCUGGAAAUGAAUAAUCUGGAGGUGCUUGGUCUUGAAAUAUGUCGAAGCCUUGAGAAGCUCCCGGAGUUUGGGAAAAAUAUGACAAGUCUAUACUUGUUAGAUGUGUCUUAUACAUCAAUCACAGAAAUUCCUUCGUCCAUUAUUCAUUUAAUAAAUCUCAAAUAUUUGAAUUUGGAGAAUUGCAGAAAGCUUGAGAAAGUUCCCGAGCUUCCUCCAAAUUUAAUUAUAGAAGCGACUCAUUGUGAUUUGUUGGAACCCAAAGAUGCAGUUGUAAAAUACCUCUCCGGAUCACCUGUAUCUAAGGAUCCCAUUCACCUUUUUUAUGAUUACUGCAACUCAAUGGGAUUCCCUUGGAGAGCAGGAAUGUUUGAAUGGUUUGAAGGAGAGGAACAUUGUUGUAGUAGAGAGAGUAGUUCAAGUGAAGAAGUGGUAACCAUAACGGCAGACAUACCUUGUGACAUGGCUGAUUCUAAUAAUGGACAAUGCUGGGGAAUUGCUGUAGCCCUUGCUUUCCAAUCCUAUGUCGAUGAAGGGGAUUAUAGUUUUUCAGUGAAUUGGAAGUUUGCAGAUUAUUGUCAUACCAAUAAAAGAACUGCCACUAAUGAUAUUAACAGUGCAGAAGAUGAUCAUUUUGUCGAUCGAGUAUAUGUGGGAUAUUAUCCAUUUAAGAAGGAGGACUGUAGAGCAAAUCCAAGUGGUGUGGGCAUCCAACUUCAUUUGAAACUUUCUUUCCCAGCCAAUCCUGCUGCUAAGUGGGGACUUUUCCCGAACUGGGAAAUCGUGGAUUGCUGAUGGCGUCUGACAUGUCAGAAACAUUUUGAUGAAGGGAGAUGAACACAUCAUGCCGCGUUUUAUUGCCAGUUUUCAACUUUGGAUAAUGGAGAGAGACUCUAGAAUUUGUUGGCUGUCAUCUUCAUACCAUUAAAGGUCAUAUGGAUUCCACGUUCAAAGUUCUGUUUCAGUUGUUCAUUACGGACUAGUUUGGGACAUGCUUGUUCCAUGAAUGGAAGCUACGAAUUCUGUUGCAGAACCAAACACGCGUUUCAUUAGCAUGUGUAUAUAUAUAUAUAUAUAUAUAUUUGUACUCCAGGCGCAAAGUUAACAUGUAAGGCCAUGUCGUCUCUUCCUCAAAUCUUCAAGAAGAUGAUCAUCCAUCACUUUCUGAUCGAUGUGCCAUAUCCAGCUCUUUACAAUUUUAAGUUUCUUCAUUUAAUUUGGUGUGCAUGUUUCUGUUGGCAAGGAGCAAAAUAAUUGAAGACAUUGUUGAAGUUGUAUGAAGUAUGAAACAAAUUGCAUGUUAAUUAAUUACCAUCUAACUUGAUUCGACACUGUAAAAAAACUUAAUUUGUUUUAUUUGUUUUAUGAUUUA